GCCCACCAGAGGCAGAAUUCAUUUUCAUCCGCUCUCCGUUCCUCCCACAUCAACCGCCGGCAGCCGUGGGCCUGCAGUAGUCCUGGACCCGUCAAAGAUUGAAGAACACGGCUGUCCGCCAGCCCCACCACCGUCACCAUUCCUCCCACAUCUUCUUCCACGCGCCAGGUCGAUAUACCCCUCCGUCCCCUGGCCCCUCGACCGUCCUCUUCGCCGGAUCGUCAACAAACAGAACAUCCCCCCCCGACCUCUUCACAUCAUAACCCCCCCCACGGCCACUCUUCCUCCCCUCGGUCAUCCAUCGACUCGGACGAUUCUGGCUUCUCUUGGAGCGAUACCGGUGACUUAGCUGAACAACUUGGGGAAGAGGAUCCCCUAUCCAUUAGACUUCGGCAAACCCUUGACGAUCCACGCCUCGGUGGCCCGUCAUCUGGCACUCGCUUCUCCCACCGCCGCCCUGGCUCGAGGAGGGUGCGUCAUCACCGACGCAGGUCUUCAGCCUCACAGUCAUCUCACACCGACGGACAGCGUCGACAAGAUAUAGAAAUCCCCAUACCCACCCCAGGACCUAGGAGAGUGUCGAGAGCAGAGAAAGCUUUAGUGUACAUCAUGAUGUGCGGUCGUAAUGGCAGCUCCGUGCACGGGCUCACGGGGAAGCCCCUGCUGUAAUUAUCCUCUCGUUCCCCCGAGCGUGUGCUCUGUCAUGCGCAAGCUAACGCUAUGGUAGAUAUUUCACGAGUGUUUUUGUAAGUUUGGGGGUGUUUUUGUUCGGCUACGACCAAGGGGUCAUGUCCGGGAUCAUCACGUACGGAGGUGCUGCCUGAACCCCUUAUCGGACAGAGUACUGAUCUCAUCUUCCAUAGUGGCCCCUAUUUUAAGGAUUAUUUCAAUCAGCCCACCAGAGCCCAGAUAGGGACUAUGGUGGCUAUCCUGGAAGUCGGAGCGUUUGUAUCGUCCCUAAUUGUAGGCCGAGUCGGGGAUAUCAUUGGAAGGCGAAAAACUAUUUUAUAUGGAGCUAUUAUCUUUGUUACUGGAGGUGCUCUACAAACUUUUACUACUGGAAUGGGAUCUCUAAUCUUUGGCCGUAUCAUUGCUGGUGUUGGUGUUGGUGCACUUUCAACCAUCGUUCCGGUUUAUCAGUCUGAAAUCUCCCCCCCACACAAUCGGGGUCAGCUUGCAUGUAUCGAAUUCACGGGCAACAUCGUGGGAUAUGCGUCGAGUGUCUGGGUAGACUACUUUUGCAGUUUUAUCGAGAGUAACUACUCCUGGAGGCUCCCGCUUUUUAUGCAAUGUAUUAUGGGCACCUUGCUCGCGGUUGGCUCCCUUGUCAUCUCCGAAUCCCCAAGGUAACAAUAAGCGCCAUUUCCCUUUUUUCCCUCGUGACUAAUGGAUCAUCCGUAGGUGGCUACUUGAUAACGACCAUGAUGAGGAAGGGAUGAUUGUCUUGGCAAACCUUCAUGGCGGUGGUGAUAUUCACAACGAGCGUGCAAGGGACGAGUUCCGCGAAAUCAAGGGUAACGUCCUCAUUAUGCGCGCGGAAGGCGAGCGAUCCUACACCGAGAUGUGGAAUAGGUACAGGAGGCGCCUCUUGAUUGCCAUGUCAUCCCAAGCGUUCGCUCAGUUGAAUGGUAUCAAUGUCAUCUCGUACUACGUGAGUCGCCCCACCAUGUACCCCUUUCCGUUCUUCGGUCCUAACGAGGAUAGGCUCCCAUGGUUUUCGAGCAAGCCGGAUGGGUCGGCCGCGAUGCUAUUCUUAUGACCGGGAUCAACGGAAUCGUCUAUGUCCUCAGCACUAUUCCCCCAUGGUAUCUUAUGGACAAGUGGGGCCGUCGCCCUAUCCUGCUCUCCGGAGCCAUCGUCAUGUCCCUCGCACUCUCGGCGAUUUCGUACUUCAUUUACAUUGAUGUCCAUUAUACCCCGAGGAUGGUGGUCAUAUUUGUCGUUAUUUACAACGCGUUUUUCGGAUACUCAUGGGGACCUGUCCCAUGGUAGGUUUUGAGAUCGCCCCUCUGGUUAUCUUUGAUUCUGAUUGCGAGUAGGUUGUACCCCCCGGAGAUCAUGCCCCUCAGCAUCAGGGCCAAGGGAGCUUCACUUUCGACUGCGACCAACUGGGCAUUCAACUGGCUAGUGGGAGAGAUGACACCAAUUCUACAGGAUUGGAUCAAAUGGCGCCUUUACCUGGUGCAUGCCUUCUUCUGCGCUGUUAGUUUCGUUCUCGGUACGUUGAUCUGACAAUUUACUGUUUUCCUGGCGACCGGAGCAUGGCUGAUUCUGUGGAUAGUAUACUUUGUUUAUCCAGAAACCAAGGGCGUCCAACUCGAGGAUAUGGACGCUAUCUUUGGCGACCAAACCGUUGCACCAACACCCACCACCGCGCGACAAUCACUCCUUCACCCCAGUCGCGGUGGCAGCCCGGCUCCUUCAUUCGACUUCGAGACCGCCGAUUCAAAGAGGUCGGGAUCAGCGAGCCGAUCAAAGAAUAACCAAGGAGUUGCUGGAUGGUUUGGCGGAUUUUUCGCAAAAUCUGAAUACGAGUCUGGGGGAAACUAUAGAAGGUUGGAUGAGGGAGAUGAAGUUUAGAUAUUGGCUGGAGUUUUUUUUCUUUUUCCUUUUUUUCUUUUCUAAGAUUUGUUUUAUUUUCACAUUUUCCCACAUUCAACCUCAUCGAUUCUAUUCAUAUUUAGUUCAAUUUUCCCUUGGCCUAGGAUUCCCGCUCCUGUUGGGCUGUCACAUUGGGCAUUCACAUUAUUUCUAGGGGUUUUUUCAGGACGCAUGGUUAGUGUUUGGAAUGCCGCUUAUCCCCUAUCUCGUACUUCACCCCUACCCCCCCGCCCUCGCUUUCGGCUAUUAUUUCUUCGCUUUCCUCGCUACUUUGUGUUUGGACGCUAUCCGAGAGCAUGAUUAGAGGUUUUCCUUGUUGUGCCCCUAGGGCCAAAAAAAAAGGUAGAGGUGUGUGGUCUACUUGGUAUGUAGCUUUUUUUAGUCUGGGUUUCUCUUUUUUUUAUUAGGGUGGAGAAUGAUGGGGGCCGGCUUUUGUAUGUUUCAUCACCAUUGAAUUAGUUUGUCCG